AUGGACAUCAUUCUCCGGCUGGAUCACCGAUGGUUGAUUCCCGCCGUCUCAACAUAUACGUAUCUGGAGAAAGCCAUAGUUUCGCACAUCAUUGUUUACAGACGUAAAAUUGUCAUGUUUGUCAUUGCACCCCUUUCCAAUUGCGCCUCCACCGCGAAGCGUGAUAGAUUCAUCGAAUAUCUCUCUAAAAUUGCACCGGUAACAUACAAAAACGAGCCCAAAUGCCGCGCAUAUGCUUGGUUCCGAAGCGCAGAGGACAACGACACAGUGCCCCAUCAUUGGCUCCGUGGAUUAGAAGUAUAUGAAGAUGUUGAAGCAAAUACUAUUACUCACCGUGCGAGCGCUGAAUACAAGGCUUUCCGUGCUGCUGUAGGCGCUGAAGGACUACUCGAGCGUCCAAGCGACCUCCGUUUCUGGAGACCCUCAUCCAUUGGCUUUCUCAAGCGCGAUGAGAGCAGUCGUGAAUCCGAGAUAUUCCAAGAUCGCAGUCAUACGACCUCCCCAGAUGCUCUGCAGUACAUUGUUAUUGAUGAGAUGACACCGCGGCUGGGAUAUGAAGACAUAGUUAUCGAGCAGUUGUGUGGGAUGGCGCAUUUAGCAGAGCAAAACGACCAAAUUCUCAGCUUCUGGGUACUAAAUCGUGGAGACGAAGCGCAGGACCAGGGUAUAUUAGUCUUUUCUCGAUACAAGAACAGAAACGCAUCGAUCAGUGAUAAGGCUGCUUCAGCUUGGAAGGAAGUGUAUGCGUUAAGUAAUGAGCAGCGAAGAACGACAUGGGUAGAGUCCGGGUUGGGGUUUUUAGGCAGGUAG